UACAAACAUGGCCCCUGCCAGCCGGGCUGUCGCUGUAGUAGCGCUGUCGCUGCUGUGCCUGAGCGGGGAAAUAGUUUCCACCGAGUACUUCUCCACGCUCACUUUGUUCAACAAUGAGCUCCACAAGCAGGGAUGCAGCUCGCUGUCCGAGUGGGAAGAUUACGCUGCGGACUGCGAGUCUUCAGUUUUACAGUUCGAGGACCCGGACUGCGAGGAGGGAAGCAACCCGCCCUGCGAGUCGGUCUUCUCGCUGAACGCAGAAAAGAUCCUGAACCAGGCCAAGUUGUUCAUAGAGCAGAAAAAAAUCCCCUUCCCUGCAGAUAACCACAACACAAACGAGGAACUUGCUAUAUGCUACGUUCUGAUCGGCAACGGUCUUUACGAUGAAGCCAUUAAACAUUUCUCACUCCUACUACAGAGUGAUCCAGAGUUAGUGAGCGCAAUCUAUGGAAGAGGGAUAGCUUACGGGAAGAAAAGUCUUCAGGACAUAAAAAAUGCUGACUUGGCGUUAUACGAGCUGAACAGAGUCAUCGCACUCGAGCCGAACUGGCCAGAAGUUUACGAACAAAGAGCCGAGAUCCUGUCUCCUCUGGGCCGGAUCAGCGAAGCUCUGAGCGAUUUGACCAAAGCCAUCCAGCUGCAGCCUUCGGCUCGUCUCUACAGACACAGAGGAACUCUGCUCUUCAUCUCAGAGGAUUAUGUGGCAGCUAUGGAGGACUUCCAGCGCUCUUUAGAGCUCAAGAAGAAUCAGCCCAUCGCCAUGCUUUAUAAAGGCCUCACCUUCUUUCACAGAGGAAUGCUGAAGGAAGCCAUUGAGACAUUUAAAGAGGCGCUGAAGUUGAAGGCUGACUUUAUAGAUGCCUAUAAGAGCCUCGGGCAGGCUUACAGAGAGUUAGGUGAUUUUGAAUCAGCGAUGGAGAGCUUCCAGAAAGCUCUCAUGUUGAACCAAAACCACAUCCAGUCUCUCCAGCUCCGAGGCAUGAUGCUGUACCACCACGGCUCUUUGCAGGAGGCCAUCGGCAACUUCAAGAGAUGUCUUCAUCUGGAGCCCUACAAUGAAGUUUGUCAGUACAUGAAGGGGCUGAGCCACGUGGCCAUGGGGCAGUUCUACGAGGGCAUCAAAGCUCAGACUAAAGUCAUGCUGAACGACCCGCUGCUGGGACAAAAGGCCAGCUCCGAGUACCUCAAAGUGAAAUACCUCAGAGAGUAUUCUCGUUACUUGCACUCCCACCUGGAUAUCCCUGUAGCCGAGUACAACGUGGACCAGGACUUACCGGGAAACUUCAAGAACCACUGGGCUAAAAACCUGCCUUUUUUAAUAGAAGACUAUGAAGAACAGCCCGGCCUGCAGCCACAUAUCAAGGACGUUCUGCCGCAGAACUUUGACAGCUACAGCACCGAGGUCCAGAAGCUGAUCUGCAGCGCCGACCACCUGGGAGCGCUGAUGCAGUACAACACCCCGGGAUUUUUACCCAACAAGAGAAUACACAGAGCCAUGGGUUUAGCAACACUGGAGGUGAUGCAGGCGAUGCAUCGAACGUGGAGCAACUCCAAAGUCCGAGUUAACGGAAAGUCGAGACAAAUGCAGUGGAGAGACAUGUUUGAUAUCUCUGUCAAAUGGAGGAGGAUUGCCGACCCGGACCAGCCGGUGCUGUGGUUAGACCAGAUGCCAACCAGGAGCCUCAGUCGAGGCUUCAACAAUCACAUCAACCUCAUCAGGGGGCAGAUCAUCAACAUUAGAUACCUGGCCUACUUCGACAACAUCCUGGAAUUCAUCAAAGACAGAAUACUAGUUUACCACGGGGCGUACAACCCAAGAGGGCUGCUGGAAAUGCGGCAAGCUCUUGAAAAUGUGAAUAAAGUAGAAGAUCUGCUUCCUAUAAUGAAGCAGUUCAACAGUAAAACCAGAGAUGGAUUCACCGUCAACUCCAAGGUGCCGAGCAUGAAGGAUCCUGGGAAGGAAUACGACGGUUUUACCAUCACCAUCACCGGAGACAGGGUGGGAAACAUGUUGUUCUCUGUAGAGACUCAGACCACAGAGGAGAGAUCGGAGCAGUACCAGUCGGAGGUCGAGUCCAUCUACAAAGACCUCACAGCCAAAGGAAAAGCACUGAUGCUGUCCACUGAACUGGGGGACGCAGAUGCCGUGUGCAACUUGAUCCUCAGCUUGGUUUAUUACUUCUGCAACCUCAUGCCUCUCUCCAGAGGAUCCAGUGUGGUGGCGUACUCUGUGGUGAUGGGGGCCCUGAUGGCCAGUGGGAAGGAGGUGAUUGGUAGGAUCCCUAAAGGAAAGCUGGUGGAUUUUGAGGCCAUGACGACUCCUAAUCCAGAGAGCUUCAGCAAAUCAGCAAAGAGCUGGAUGAAUCUGAAAAGUUUACCCAGUUGGUACCAGAGUCUUCCGUCUGUAGCAGAGACCUUCCCGUCCAUCAGAACCAUGAUCGAGGUCCUCAACACAGACUCGUCCUCACAUUGUCCAAAAAAGUCUUAACACAACUUCCAAACUGAAGAAAAGUCUACGAGUUUGAGCUUCUGCAACCCAAACGGCACAGGAGGAGAAAAAAUAUAAAAUAG